GCCGUGCCAGCUCAUAUAAUAUAAAAUAAGCUCGUCCCUCAGCUACGCACGCUCGAUCCCCUCUCGCACGCGUGUCAAACCCUAGCCCCCGCAUGCUCGCACACUCCUCUCUCUCCUCCGCCGGACCUUCGCCGGAAAAUCCAUCCUUUCGCCGGAGCUCUGCCGCUCGUUUCUCCUCUCUUCCCCGCGUUCCCCUUUCCGCGGCCCGGCCUCUGCCGGGAUAUUCUCCCCCAACGACGCCGUGGAGAUCUGCGCCUUUAUCUGUGCAGUUAUAGAAUUCGGAGUUUGGUUCCGAUUCAGAAGAGGGAGUAGGACAGUUGUGUGUGCGUGUGUGCGCGCGCGCGCGCGCGUAUGGAAAAAAUGGAUAAUUUCGACCUUUUCGGGGUUCGGAUUUGUGGAAGGCUCGGAAUUGACAUGCUUUCCUGGAAUCUGAUACCGUACGGUAACAUGAGAUAUUUCUCAAGUGUAUGCCUGAAGAAGACAAGACUUGACAAUGGCAUUUUCAUCAAAAAUACUGAUUGAGCUGUGACAUUUAGGAUUCUAAGAGUUCCAUAUUUCCUGCAAGGGGGAACAAUGGCAACAGAGAUGCAGAGGUUUGGAACAAGUGAGGAUGAUGAUGAGGAUAUGGGGUUGGGUGUGAAGGAAGAAGAUGAAAAUGACAGCAUUGAAGAGAACAACACAACAUCAAUAAUGAUGGGUGUGGAUGGGGGGCUUGCAUCAAGCAGCAACGGCAACCGGUUUCAGCAGCACCAACAAUUUCAAGAGCUACAAACUCCCCAAGCAGGGGCUCGACGGUGUAGACCACUAGAAGAGAAGGAGAGGACAAAAAUACGAGAGCGGCAACGGAGGGCAGUCACCGCAAAGAUCUUGGCAGGACUUAGAAGACACGGGAACUAUAAUCUUAGGGUUAGAGCUGAUAUUAAUGAUGUCAUCGCAGCUUUGGCUAGGGAAGCUGGUUGGGUUGUUCUUCCUGAUGGGACCACCUUCCCUGCUAGAUCACAGGGAACCAGACCUGCUGGUGGUGGCACGUCUACUACUGCUUUGACUUCAACAUCUUCAGAUAUGCCAAUGGAACAGACCCCACCUAUUUCAUUGAGAGGAAUAUGUUCUGAUUACAAGAGUCCAGUGGAAUAUAAUGCAGGUCACAUGAAAGGUGUUUUUGUGCCAUCUUCAUCCCCUUAUGAUGUAUCAUCAAGUGCCCGGUCACAGACAUCAGCCAUGGGUGGAGAUGGAGGAGCAGCAGAAAAUCAUCCUCUUAUUGGGGGCUCCAUGGACUCUGUCGAAAAUAAAAUGGUUGCCAAUAUUCCACAAAAGUUACAGGAGCGCGAUUUUGUGGGCACACCUUAUAUUCCAGUUUAUGUGAUGCUCCCAUUGGGUGUCAUCAAUAUGAAGUGUGAGCUUGUCGAUCCAGAUAGUCUGGUAAAGCAAUUAAGAGUUUUGAAAUCAAUCAAUGUUGAUGGUGCUAUGGUUGAUUGCUGGUGGGGUAUAGUUGAAGCUCAUUCCCCGCAGGAGUACAAUUGGAGUGGCUACAAGAGGCUGUUUCAGAUUAUACGUGAGCUUAAGCUGAAGUUACAGGUUGUAAUGUCCUUUCAUGAAUGUGGAGGCAACAUUGGCGACGAUGUUUGUAUCCCAUUGCCUCAUUGGGUGGCAGAGAUCGGUCGUGCCAAUCCUGACAUAUUUUUCACUGAUAGAGAGGGAAGACGUAACCCUGAAUGCUUAUCAUGGGGAAUUGACAAGGAACGUGUUUUACGAGGUCGAACUGCUGUAGAGGUUUAUUUUGACUACAUGAGAAGCUUCCGGGUCGAAUUUGACGAGUUUUUUGAGGAUGGUAUCAUCUCUAUGAUUGAAAUUGGACUAGGUCCAUGCGGGGAGCUACGUUACCCCUCUAAUCCUGUAAAGCAUGGUUGGAGAUAUCCAGGUGUUGGUGAAUUCCAGUGUUAUGAUCAGUAUUUGUUGAAAAGCCUGAGGAAGGCUGCUGAGACACGGGGACACUCUUUUUGGGCACAUGGACCAGAUAAUGCAGGUUCCUACAAUUCCCGGCCACAUGAAACCGGAUUCUUUUGUGAAGGAGGUGAUUAUGAUGGCUAUUAUGGCAGGUUCUUCCUGAAUUGGUACUCUCAGGUUCUGGUUGACCAUGCUGAUCAUGUGCUUUAUUUGGCCAAGUUAGCUUUUGAAGGAACUUGCAUUGCUGCAAAGCUAUCAGGUAAUCAUUGGUGGUACAAGACAACCAGCCAUGCUGCUGAAUUAACUGCUGGAUUUUACAACCCAUCUAAUCGUGACGGUUAUGCAGCAAUUAUGGCAAUGUUAAAGAAGCAUGACGCUGCCAUAAAUUUCACAUGUGCUGAAUGGGGCAUGUUAGACCAGCAUGUGGGCUUCUCAGAGGCACUUGCAGAUCCCGAAGGGUUAGCCUGGCAAGUUCUUAAUGCUGCAUGGGAUGUUUGCAUUCAAGUAGCCAGUGAAAAUGCUAUUCCAUGCCAUGACAGAGAAGGCUAUAGCAACAUCUUGCUAAGAGCCAAGCCUUUGAAUGAUCCAGAUGGGAGGCACUUUUGUGCCUUUACCUACCUUAGACUUGGCCCACUUCUCAUGGAAAGCCACAACUUUGUCGAAUUUGAACGAUUUGUCAAGAGAAUGCAUGGCGGGUGGGAAGGGAGUCCUGAGGUUUGGGAGCAGAGAUAUAGGACAUGAAUCAAUUUAGGGGAAGCAGUCCUUGAUCUCAUCUCAUAGCACUCCAAGGAAGAAAGGAUCUUUUGACCGCUGUAUUAUUUCUAGUCUUCCCACAAGAAUUGGUGGGGAAAUCAUAUUCUUAAUAUUGGAUCCGGAUGCACCUCUUCUGUAAAUGGAACCGAAAAUUAAAAGCAGGCUACUUCCUGGGCUCAGAUUUUCUUGCUGCCUCCCCUAACUGGGACUAGCACGUGAGUUCAUCGCGUAUCUGAAUCACUGGCGGAAAUGAGCUGGCUGGAGUUAAUAAGCAUGACGAUAAGAGUUCAUUUUGGGGUUGAGACCUCCUCGAUCCAAUUCCCGUUCAAUGGCCAAGAAUUGAUAGGAAAUGGGAAAUGAGGAUUAAAUGGAGUUGGAAAUCCAGUAUAUUUUAUGGUGGUAGCUAUAGCCUUGUAGUUAGACGGUUUAGCAGAUCGAUUUUUUGCAGUUGAAAUGUAUUUUUUUUGGUUUUUUUGUCGGCUAAACGAUGGCCCUUUUAACUUAUGGGGACUCCCUCAAAUUAUGAUGCAAUGUCACCAAUCAAAAUCUAGCUGUGCUAAAA